AUGGAACUGACGAUAACUCGUCCUGAUGAUUGGCAUGUCCAUCUUCGGGAUGGUGACCUUCUUGAAGCAGUUGUUCCGCAUAGGUAAGCAUCUCCUUGCCUUUUGAAGGUAGGGAGUGGGGUCCCAGCGGGCUGAGCAGAGGCUAUCUCAGCGGCUGUCCUUUUAAAGGAAGGGGGAUUAUCCUAAACAUAUUAAUUUGCGAUCUAGUUAGUCGUGGUACAACUUUGUCAUAAAAAAUGUCCUGGCAUAACUUUUUGUUCUGGGGUAAUUUUCCUAACUCAGGUCAUUUCUUUUUUGCAGUGCUGGUAUUUUCGGAAGGGCCAUAGUUAUGCCAAACCUGAAACCUCCUGUGACAACUACUGCUUCAGCUGUAGUUUAUCGAGAAUCUAUUCUAAACGUGCUGCCAUCCGAUAGUAAUUUUAACCCAUUAAUGACCUUGUACCUGACAGAUAAUACAAGCCCAGAGGAGAUCAAACUUGCCCGUGAGUGCCACUUGUAAAAAAAAUAUUUGGUUUUUUAAGCAAGAAUGUGUUCUAUUUUGUUGGUUAGUUUGCUUCAGUUCUGAUGUUUUGGCUGCACUAAUGAUUAGUGCCCAAAAUUUUACUUUUUUUUAUCAGUAGCCAUUUCAACAUGUCUUGAUUGAAUUUAAGUUUGUUAUUUUCUUGAUUUCUUUUGUGCUGGCUUGUAAAUCACUGAUGUUUUUGUAAUUCACCCAUUCUGGUCGCUAAAAUUUUCUUGCACAAAUUUCUCGCUGGCUAUUUAGUCUGUUAGAAAAAGGUUUUAUUUAUUUAUUUCUGUUCUAUUCACUUUUAUCAAGUUUGCCCUGUAUCUACCUCAUCUUUCCAACCCUCUCCGUUCCCCGCUCAACCUGAAAGUCCUGAACACCCUUGGGCAGACAAGAGAAGAACCAUAUCAGUGAGACUGCCCGAUCCACCCCAGCAACGCCAGCUGAUUCCGAUGGUGAACCUUGAAGCCUUGGCUAAAGUACAAACGGACAGCCGACUCCAACAUUUAUAGUGAUGGAACUGGAGUAUAAAAUGCAAAGAGACCUUGCACUUUCAAAUUUUGCAUAAUUCAUCAAGAGAACCAUGAUUAUGCACGAAGCAAAGAAGCGAUGUAAGGAUGAGGCUCGGAGAAGUGAGAUCAACUGAGUAAUUACCAUUACAAAACUCCAAAGGCAGGGGGAGGGAGGUAGACUGAAUCAGAACAAGGAGAGUGUAACUCCAUCAACACUGGGCUGAUCCCAGGUAACAGGGAUGUUUAGAUUGGCUUCUCAUGGAUCUGACCAAUUGAUCCAGAGGACAAGUUCUAAGUCAAUAUGUAGGUGCUAAAGGCAGGCUAGACCCCAAAGAUCUUUCUGAUAUCCUUCGUAUGAAGGAAAUUUAAUCUUUUAUGCUAACAUAAUGGAGACCCUGAUUUGGGCCUUCGGUCCUUGAUGAUCCUAGGGAAGACUGCAGAAGACCACGCAGAUCUUGUAGAUGGCUGAUUCUUUAGCUAGGACGAAAUUAAAACCUCAUAAAGUUCUACAUAUAUAUAUAUAUAUUAUUAAUGCUUUGAUAGAAGUGAUUUCUUCGAGAAAUGCGAUUUAAUGUUGGCCACCUUAGAAACCUCGUCAAAAGUAUUGUUCGAGGUGAAUAUUUGUCCAUUGACACAAGAUUAUGCGUCUUUUGCAACUAUAAUUUCGAAAAUGAUCUUCGUUCUUGUGGGUCACUCCAGUCCAUCAUUGUAUCAUAAUUUUUUUUUCUACUGAUUUGAUUUUAUCCUAAAUUCACUGAUCAUACCUCGUGCACAUUAUGAUAAUUUUCUGGUUAAAACUGUGCACUUCAGAUUUUCUGAGGACGCUAUCGUCAUUUUCCAGGAAAGAGUGGAGUUAUCUACGCCGUGAAGUUAUAUCCUGCAGGAGCAACGACAAAUUCACAAGAUGGUGUGACGGACAUAUUUGGGAAGUGUCUACCUGUUCUCGAGGAAAUGAUAGAACAGAAUAUGCCAUUACUGGUAAGUAGCCCCCAUCUGAUCUUUAUGCUUCUUGUUGAACUCAUGUUGGCCAUUUUUAUGACUGAAAAUCUUAGUUAUUAUAUUUGGUUCAAUUUUUUAUUUUUUUUGGCAUUAUAGAUUAGUGGGGGGAAAUUAUGUUUAGGCGCAUUUUCCCACUUCCUUCUCCGGCUUCUCUCACUUGUUUUCUUCUCACAUGGAAAUGUUAGGAACCUUCUUGCUUUGGCAGGUGCAUGGGGAGGUCACAGACCCAGAAGUUGACAUCUUUGACCGAGAGAGGAUCUUUAUCGACACUAUAUUGAGGCCAUUGAUCGAGAAGCUUCCAGAGCUGAAGGUCGUGAUGGAGCAUAUCACCACCAUGGACGCCGUGAAGUUCAUCCAGUCAUGCAGUGGAAGUACGCGUUGGACCCGCAGCUCUGUCGGCUUCUCCAUAACUGCCACCCUGUUCUUGAUGAUCUUAACCCCCUAACGCUCUGGAUGCUUGCACUAGGCAAUGUUGCUGCCACAGUGACGCCACAGCAUCUUCUUCUGAAUAGAAACUCGCUGUUUCAGGGUGGACUGCGGCCUCAUCACUACUGCCUUCCUGUACUGAAACGAGAAGAGCAUAGUAUGUUCAAGUUGUCUUCUUUUUUCUCUUUUUUUUUUUCAGAUUAGCGUUUGAAAAAGAAUUACCGCAAUCUGUUUCUGAUGAAUGAAGAAUGUUCCUAGUUCUUACCAUGGUAUUAUGUCAAAGUAGAAACAUAUUUCUCAUUUAUUUUUUUCCUGCGAUGCCCAAUUGAUUAUUUUCAGAAAUUACUAUUGUUUCUAAUUAUCCCAUCAUUAAAUGGUUCCGGUUGGAGAAGAAUCACAAUUAGUUUUAUAUAAUAUAAUAUUUUAUUAAAUUUUACCUUUUUUUUGUUGUAAGAUCAGCUCUUUGCUCAUGAUACAGACAGAAUUGGCCUUGGGUUGCUCUGAAUAUUUUUUCCCUUGUAGGGGCAGCCAUUGUCUCAGCUGUGACAAGUGGCAGCAAGCAGUUCUUCCUUGGGACUGACAGCGCCCCUCAUGAGAGAGGGAGGAAGGAAUCUUCAUGCGGAUGUGCCGGAAUAUAUAACGCUCCAGUCGCAUUAUCCCUUUAUGCCAAGGUUUUUGAGCAGGUGAUCUAUUCAGUCCCUUCAUCCCUCCAGUUGAGGGGAAGACUCUCUCUCUCUCUCUCUGAUACUCUAGUGAAACCCCCUUUGGGCUGUGCUUCGUGGCCCUACUAGUUAAAAAAGUCCAUAACUGAAUUGGGCCAUGUCCGGGCUUUCGGGCCUAGUAAGGCCAUCGAGACCCACCCCUCUGCUAAUUAAUCUCUCUUGUGGAAACUAACUCAGGCGGGAGCGCUGGACAAGCUGGAGGCAUUCGCGAGCUUUAAUGGGCCGGAUUUCUAUGGGCUUCCUCGGAACUCCUCGACGAUCACCCUCAAGAGGUCCCCAUGGAAGGUGCCGAAAUCCUACUCCUUCCCCUCCGGAGAGAUCAUCCCCAUGUCCGCUGGCCAUACCCUCGAUUGGCUCCCUCUCUUCUCUUGA